AUGCGCCUCCGCGUGGCUAACGGACGACUCGUUGACGCACUCAAGGCUCCGGGGUGGGCGGAACACUCGAAGAGCAAAAGCAGCCAAAACGCAGCUCGCCCCUCCAGCGUGCCUUCAUGCAAGUCCCUGUCAUCCAGUGAAGACGGCCCUAGUGGCCACUCCAGCCUCUUGGAUGGGGAGCUGGCUCGGAACCUGCAGGACAACAUCAGGCACCGCAUCCUCUACCUGUCGGAGCAGCUGCGCGUGGAGAAGGCCAGCCGGGAUGAGAACACGGUGAGCUAUCUCAAGCUGGUGUCCAAAGCCGAUAGGCACCAGGCCCCGCACAUUCGGCAGGCCUUUGAGAAAGUGAACCAGCGCACCUCUGCCACCAUCGCCCAGAUCGAACGGAAGCUCCGCCAGUACCACCAGCAGCUGCAGGAACUGGAGGAGAAACGCCGGCCCAGAAGCCCUGUGAACAACUGUGAGCAGCCAAGCCAGAAGACUACGUGUUCGGAGACCUCCAAGCCAGACAGGAAAGUGGCCUUGGCCACCCAUCAGUCCGCCGUCACCCAGCAGCGUGCCCUGCGCCUGAAGAAGAUGAAGGUGGAGUUGGUGGAGAUCAAGAAGCUGCACCUCAGCCUCCAGGUGUCCUGUGAGAAUCUCAAGGAGAAGUAUCAGGCUGACUUGCAGCUAUUGCUGGAGACCCUGCAGGAGAGGAAGCACAGACAACAGAUGAUGGAAGGACAGGGGAAUGGCCACCUGCAGGGGUACCUGAAUGAGAUUUACCACCUCAAGCAGAAUCUAGCCUGCACAGAAGAGAAAAUGGUCUACCUGUCCUACGAGAGAGCCAAGGAAAUAUGGGAGGUCUUGGAGACUUUCAAGAGCCGGAUAGCCAAGCUCGAAACUCUCCAACAAGUGGCCCAACUGGAGAUGACGGAGAAGCUGAGAAGCCGCCCUAAGGAGCUCCUGUUCAGGUUCAUCAGUCUACUUCUCACCUUGGCCACCAUCAUCUUGAUCUUCAUCUCCACUGUGUGCUCCUGCCCCUGGCCCUCUCUCAACCCACGUCUACGCACAUGCACUUCCCUGGUGCUCAUAGGGCUUGGGGCUCUGGCCUGGCAGAAGCGGCACGUCAUCUUCACCACCGACUGGCAGGCCUGGGUCAUGUCUAAGUGGCCUUUAUCAGAGGGACCCUAA